AUGAAGGAGAAGGAUGAUGCCUCGCAGGAGUUGGCGAAGAUAUUAGACGUUCCGUAUGACGAUUUGCUAGAGAAGGGGUUCCACAAGAUACUUGCUUACGGAGUCGCUGGAGCAAUGGCGACGCCCCCGAGGCCGGACGCGCCCCAGCCUCCAAAUGUGGAGCUUCGCAUUAGACAGCGGCUCGGGGAUGAGGAGUAUAAACGGCUGUUAGAGAAGAAGUUUGCACUUAUUAUUGCUUCCCUAUUCCAGGUUAUGCAGGAGGAUGGCACAUCAGAUAGAUUCCUGUCGAAAGACCCGUCACUCGCUGCCACUGCGGCUUACAUGAGGGACAUUGUGGAGGUCAGUCACUCAACAGGAAAGAUACCGGACCCACUGAGGCCAUACUUUAAGGUUAAGGUUGUGCUCAACGCCGUGCAUCAUCUGUGUGGGCGAUUGCAGUAUGAUGAUACCCGCCUCUGGACGCCAGCUAUGUUUACGUUUGUUACUAGGCGACUAUUCGACACUAUGGAUCCUGCGCUGGGGAGUUUGAGCGCUUGUGCCGUCGUGCGGAAGAUCCGACUUCUCGUCUGCCUGGCGAAUCCAAAGAGUAUUGAUGGGUAUGCGCUCGAGAUGGUUAUUCACGGGCUUAAGCCUUACAUUGUCGAUACGUAUUGCGCCGAGGAUGCGGUUGGGGUUGUGCAGUAUCUACUUGAUCAGGGGAAGGGAUAUUUAUCUACUCAACCUGCGUUCGUGAUCGGAACGUUUUUGUCCAUACUUGCUUCCUUACGGGCAUUUCUUUCUGCUGCCACUGGGCAGGAGGAUACUCAGGUGCAACUAAGUCUUAACAUUGCGCAGUCAUUUCAUAUUUGGCUGGGAGAUUACCUCACCGGCUGUCACUUCCCGGAGCUGAACGAGAUGCAAAAUCAAUUGUUUCAGGCCAUCGUCGAAUCUGCAAUGGGAUUCAGAUUGCAUGGAAAUGCGUCUUCUGGGACAAAAGAGAGUGAUCUAUUGCGGCAUCUGCUGGACGACGAUAGGAACAAAAAUAAACUUCUGGAUGAUGUCUCCCGUGGGCUGGCGUUCUCGCUGGUCUGCUCGGGCUUUCAGAAGCCAGUUAGUUUCCGCGAUGAUAUCUUUGGCAGUGAUGAGGAGUCCGUUGCGCGCUCCAGGGUGUCCUAUGCCGCGAGCGGGGACAUACAUAGUGAGUGGACGCAGGAGACUGAACUGGAGAAGAUUACGGAUCUGGACACGACGCAGUACGAUCUCGACAUCAUCCCCAAAGCGGGUAUUUUCCAGCUGUUGCUGAAGCUGCUACUCAGCGAUGAUAGGCUAGUCAUCGGCCUUGCGGAAGCCACUCUCGAGACUAUAUUCUUUGACGAAUCCAGGUCUCCAGGAGUAGCUACGUUUCACUAUAUCCUCGAUGAAAACAUGUAUAAGGCUAUGAAAUGGAGUAUCCUACCGAUGUCACUAUCCGAAAAUGAAAACCCACGACCGAUCACUUCUGUCACGAAGCCGGAGAUCCUGCCUGUUGAUGAGUGGGUAAAGGACCUGACGACGGCGAUAUCAACAAAUUUACAGGAGGAUGCGGUGGUCAAGAACUUGAGGCCUAUACUUGAGAAGGUGGGCGGUCUGGCGAAGGACUUGUUCCCGUUUGUGGUACAUAUACUUUUGCUGCAUCAUAUCAAGGGGGAUGACGAGCUUAAGAUGGAGUUGUCAGAACUUUUUAGAGAUUGUUUCAGGACCUGUUCGGAGAAGACGGUGCCGCAUAGCAUUAUUCUGAUCAAGACUAUAUUGUACUUGCGGACCCAGGAGACGGCUCAGGAGGCUACGAAGUUGCCUAGAGAUCAUUGGCUCGAUGUGGAUUAUCUGGAGAUGGCAAGAGCAGCUUGUAUCUGCAAGAUGUUCAAGACGUCACUCCUCUUUGCCGAAAUCUAUCACUCGGAGUCUGGCAAUGCCGAGUUUCCGGAUUCAAAGCUUUUGCUAGAGAUUUUUAGGAACGUGGAUGAUUUGGAUUCUUACUAUGGUGUCAGCCAAGCUUCUAGUCUUGAAACCGUCCUUAAGAGGUUCGAGUACGAGGAGGAUGGCUGGAAGAGUCUUUCGUUCCGAGGGGCAAAUCUUGAGAGCCACUUGAGGUUGGGUUCUACGUCUGACGGCCAGGAUCUGUUUGGUGUGGUGGAUGCGUUUAACACACUGGGCAUGAACGGCCUCUCGCAUGCGUUUUUGCAGUCCGGUACGGCGGCGGAUGCGUCUGAGGACACGUUAGACAAUAUGUUCCGCUCGGCGUGGAAACUUGAACAAUGGGAUUUGCCAUGCCCUUCUUCGUGCACUACCCGCUCAGCAACCAUAUACCGAGCUUUACAGAGCGUGAAUAACAACCUCGACAUGAGGGCCAUUCCGUCACAACUAGACUCCUCCUUCUUCGGCGUAAUGCGUCAGAUCACGGCCGGGAAGCAAACCGGCCACUCACUGGGCGCUAGCAUGCGAACACUAGCAAUGCUAACAGAAAUGGAAGAAGUUCUAGUCUCAAAGGAAACCGGAGAACUAGAGCAAGUCUGGGAGCGCUUACAAAACCGUAAUUCUUGGAUGCAUAUAGGGCGAUACUCAGACGUUGAAGAGAUCAUGACAAUGCGCCAAACAACCUUAAGUUCCGUUUCUAAACGCGAUCAUUUACGACGUGCAGCGGGUGUGGACAUCAAGACUGCGCGCUUCCUAGAAGCGAAAGCGCUCGUGGCGUCUUGCAAGAUGGCGAGGAGCCACAAGGUCCUUCAGCACUCACUCUCGGCCGCUACGCAGUUGAGUAAGGCUGUCGAGCCCUGCAAGCAGGUUGGUCUGGAUAUCAACGCUGUUGCGACGUUACAGGCGGCGAAUGUGCUGUGGGAUCAUGGGCAGGGGAUCGCGUCGAUUAGGAUGUUGCAGGCUUUGGGCUUUGAUAAUGCGCUAGGGCAGCAGAGCAUUGUAGUUGGGAAGGCAAAACUUUUGGCGAAGUUGGGGAAUUGGGUAUCAGAAGCCAGGCUAGAAAAACCUGAUAAGAUUAUGAGCAAUUACCUUGUUUUCGCUAUCGAUGAGCUUAAGGAGAACUACUCAGGGUCCGAGGCUGGCAGAGUGUUUCACGAGUUUGCGUCCUUCUGCGACCAGCAGCUACAGAAUUCAGGGAACAUAGAAGAUUACCAACGAGCGCUUAAGCUCCGGCAGAACAAAGAGGCGGAAGUCCGCGAGUUGGAGAAGUUGAUGAAGUCCGCUGCCGGUGGCAAACUGGAGCAGCUCACACUCUACAGGCAUAAAGCGAAGACCUGGCUGAACCUCGACGACGCGGAGUUUAAUAGACUUAGGCUGGACAGGGAGGCCUUCCUGGAGAGGAGUAUCUCCAAUUACCUUCGUGCUCUGGCUGCUUGCGACGAUUACGACCAUGAUGCCGUCAGGUUCUGUGCUCUUUGGUUGGAGCACUCCGGCGAUGCCAAGGUAAAUAAGGCCGCAGAGGCCCCGCUCGGGCAAGUUGCGUCAAGGAAGUUUGUCCCCUUGAUGAAUCAACUGUCCUCUAGACUUUUAGAGAGCCCAGAGGAUAUAUUCCAAAGCUUACUAUUCCCGCUUAUCCUCCGGAUAUGCAUGGACCACCCGCACCACGGGCACUACCAGAUUCUCGCACUGACGAGGGCGAAGCCGAAAGACAAUAUUUCCCAAUCCCGUCAAGCCUCUGCCGCCAAGAUCGCCACGAAACUAAAAGCUCACCCAUCGUCAAAGCCGCUCUUCAGCCACAUCAUCCAGGCGACAACAUCGUAUAUAAAACUAGCAACGCAAAAGAUUGAGAGGAAGCCCGGCAUUAAACCAGUCCUCAGGAGCGUGCUGACGAGAGACAUUUACUCCAAAUUCUCCGUCGACAUCCCAAACUGGAAAAUCCCCCCUCCAACCAUGCAAAUCGACGUCCGCGCGGACAAGGACUACAGCGGCCUCCCCGUGAUCGCGAAGUUCCACCCUGAAAUCACCAUAGCCUCAGGUAUCAGCGCGCCAAAGAUAGUAACUUGCCUCGCAUCAGACGGGCGCACCUUUAAAAUGCUCUUCAAAGGUGGCAACGACGACCUCCGGCAGGAUGCCAUAAUGGAGCAAGUCUUCGAGCAAGUCAGCAACCUUCUGAAAAAGUCUCGCACAACCCGCCAACGAAACCUCUCUAUCCGGAACUACAAAGUCCUCCCCCUAGCUACUAACGCGGGCAUAAUCGAAUUCGUCGCGAACACCAUCCCCCUGUACGACUUCCUGAUGCCAGCACACAUGUCCUACCACCCGCGCGACUGGAAACCCACCUACUGUCGCAAGACAAUCACAGACGUGCAGACGAAGACCAGGGAAGUCCGUAUCGACGCGUUCCAGCGGGUAGCAGCGCACUUCAGGCCAGUCAUGCGCUACUUCUUCAUGCACAAGUUCAACGGACCAGAUGACUGGUUCUCCUCGCGGCUAGCAUACUCGCGGUCCACCGCCGCCAUAUCCAUCCUCGGACACGUGCUCGGCCUGGGCGAUCGGCACGGACACAACAUCCUACUAGACGAAAAGAGCGGCGAAGUCGUGCACAUCGACCUCGGCGUUGCCUUCGAACAAGGCCGCAUACUCCCCGUGCCAGAAGUGGUUCCCUUCCGCCUCACCAGGGACAUCAUAGACGGCUUCGGCGUCACAAGGACAGAAGGCGUAUUCCGCCGAUCAUGCGAAUUCACGCUCACCGUGCUGCGGAACGAGGCCUACAACAUCACCACAAUCCUCGACGUCCUGCGCUACGACCCGCUCUACAGUUGGACCAUCUCUCCGCUCAGGAUGAAGAAGAUGCAGGAUCAAGUUGAAGCUGCUGCGACCGGGAUUGUGGAUGAGGGUAUUGUCGGAACCGGGGGUGCGGGGAAGAAGGACGAGGAGAGCGAGGCGGAUAGGGCUCUCACCGUCGUCGCGAAAAAGUUGAGUGCCACUCUGAGUGUUGGCGCUACGGUUAACGAGCUUAUUCAAGUGGCGGGGGAUGAGAGAAACUUGGCAGUUUUGUAUUCUGGUGAGUACCUUUUUUUCUUGGUCUCCCCCAUUUCUUUAAUGGUGGGUGGGUGGGUUUAG